AUGUUAUUUCGAAUUAUUCAAAAUUGUUUCACUUUCACUAUUCGUCGAUCAAGUAAUUUUGUUCGUAUAUUUGAAGUUGGUCCUCGUGAUGGUUUACAAAAUGAAAAAAUUCAAGUACCAACAUCAAUUAAAAUUGAAUUUAUAAAUCGUUUAAGUCAAACUGGUCUUAAAUAUAUUGAAGUAACUAGUUUUGUUUCACCUAAAUGGAUACCACAAAUGAGUGAUCAUGUUGAAGUACUUGCUGGUAUUGAUCGAAUACCUGAUAUUUGUUAUUCAGCUCUAACACCUAAUGUUCAAGGUAUAAAUAAAGUUGUUUCAUUGGGAAAAAAAGGUGUUGAUGAAGUUGCAAUAUUUUCGGCUGCAUCAGAAACAUUUUCAAAGAAAAAUAUUAAUUGUUCAAUUGAAACAUCAUUACAACGUUUUAAUGAUGUUGUUAAAAUUGCACAUGAAAAGAAUUUAUCAGUACGUGGUUCAAUAUCAUGUACUGUUGGUUGUCCUUAUGAAGGUAAAAUUAAACCAUCACAAGUUGUACCUCUCGUUGAAAAACUAUUAGAUAUGGGUUGUUAUGAAGUUGCACUUGCUGAUACUAUCGGUGUUGGUACACCGAAAUCUAUUUAUGAAUUAGUUAAAGAAAUACAAUCAAAUGAUAUUCCAUCAAAUAAAUUAGCUAUUCAUUGUCAUGAUACAUAUGGAC